AUGGCUAGUACGCGCAAAGAACUGGCCAUGAGUCACACCAAGUGGAUUGAUUACUGUUGCCAUGUCCUCGAAGUUGAGCAGGAGGCGCCUACAGACGUAUACGCGACUGCCUUCAUCAAAGUCAGAUGUCUGGUUCAGCGCAUUGGCGAGAGGUUCUCAUACGAUGAUCAUAUAUCCGCUCUACAUCUGCACGAUACUGUGGUUCAGAUGUCGGUCAAUGGGUUCAAGAAGGAACUUGCCGAGCUUGAGGCCACUCCUGCUUUCUCAUCUACACAAAACAACUGUGAGUAA